GGCAGGCCGGGCAUCUCCGCGCCCGCUCUCUGCCGGCCCGGCCGGGAGGAGCUGCCGUCGGAGGGAGCCGCCGGGCCUCCGGGCCUCCAGGCCGCACCGCAGUCUUCGGCCCCCGCGGGGGUCCCUCUGCCGCGAAGUGAUGGCACCGAGAAGAAAUGAGAAAUACAAACUUCCUGUUCCCCUUCCAGAAGGCCAGAUCCUGGGUGAUACAGAAGGACAGCAGUGGGUGCUGGGCAAAAUGAUUGGCUCCGGAGGAUUUGGAUUGAUCUAUUUGGCUUUCCCCAAAAACAAACCAGAUAAAGAUGCAAGACAUGUAAUAAAAGUAGAAUAUCAAGAAAAUGGCCCAUUAUUUUCAGAACUUAAAUUUUAUCAAAGAGCUGCAAAAACAGACUGUAUCAAAAAAUGGAUAGAACUGAAACAACUUGAUUAUUUAGGAAUUCCUCUGUUUUAUGGCUCUGGUCUUACUGAAUUCAAGGGAAGAAGUUACAGAUUCAUGGUAAUGGAAAGACUAGGAAUAGAUUUGCAGAAGAUCUCAGACCAGAAUGGUACCUUUAAAAAGUCAACUGUCCUGCAGCUAGGUAUCCGAAUGUUGGAUGUACUGGAAUAUAUACAUGAAAAUGAAUAUGUUCAUGGUGACAUAAAAGCAGCGAAUCUACUUUUGGGUUACAAAAAUCCAGAUCGGGUUUAUCUUGCAGAUUAUGGACUUUGCUACAGAUAUUGUCCCAAUGGGAACCACAAACAGUAUCAGGAAAAUCCUAGGAAAUGCCAUAAUGGGACAAUAGAGUUUACAAGCCUGGAUGCCCACAGGGGAGUGGCCCUGUCCAGACGAAGUGACCUUGAAAUCCUCGGCUACUGCCUGCUGCGGUGGUUAUGUGGGAAACUGCCCUGGGAACGGAACCUGAAGGACCCUGUGGCUGUUCAGACUGCUAAAACAAAUCUGUUAGAUGAGCUCCCUGAGUCAGUGCUUAAAUGGGCUCCUUCCGGAAGCAGUUGCCGUGAAAUAGCCCAAUAUUUGGCAUGUGCUCAUAAUUUAGCAUAUGAUGAAAAGCCAAACUAUCAAAUGCUCAAGAAGAUUCUGAACCCAGGUGGAACACCUUUAGGACCACUGGAAUUUUCGACUAAAGGAGAGACUGUAAAUGUGCAUACUCCACACAAUCAAAAAGUUGAUUCGCAAAAGGCUGCAACAAAGGAAGUCAAUCAGAUGCAAAAUAGGUUAAUAGGAAAAAAAGCCGACAGAGAGAGAAGUGCUGAGUCCUGUGCAACAUGGAGAAAAGUGCAAAAAGAGGAGAAGCUGAUUGGAUUGCUUAACAAUGAAACAGCUCAGGAAAACACAAGGAGAAGACAAAAAUAUUGUAAGUCUCAAGAAUUUCUGAAUGAACGAAAAAGUUCUCCACAAAAAUCUAGUGGCAUACAAUUCCCAAAUUCAUUUUAUGAAACCCAUCCAGAUUUUACCAGUGAAGAUAUAUUCAACAAGUCAAGAUCUCCAACUUGGUAUACAUAUGCUUCUACGCCUGGUAUGGAGGUCACAGACUUAGAAAGUUCUACAGGAUUUUGGCUUACUCAGUUUGCUCUUAGUGAAGAGACAAAGGCAGAUGUGUAUUAUUAUGGCUUCAUCAUUCUUUUUCUUUUGGUAUUAGUAUGUCUUGCUUUAUAUUUUCUCUGAAGAAAUCAAAUAAAAUCCUUUUGACAAUU